CAGUACACUGUGUACCAUACGGGUGUGUUGAGAUUUACCACAGUCACCGUGCAGAGUCAGAGUCCUAAACUCGAUAUGUGUGGCACAGAGGUGUCAUGAAUGUGGACCGCAUGGAGAGCAGUGCAUUCUGCGGUGCGGGAACAGAAUGUACCCGCUGACCCCGUCCUUUGUGUGGGUCCUGUGUGAGACACACGCCCCCUGCAGCACCGACCUGCAGAGCAGCACUGACACAGGCAACUUCGCGACGCCACCGUGCUCCUUGUCAGCGUUGCAUCUUCUUGGCUCCUCCAUGGCUCGGGCGGUCCAGUGAAGUUCAGCCGGGAGAAGAAGCGCACUUCAUGGCUCUCCUCUUCGUGAGCGUCGGGCCCUUCCGGAGCCGAGUGCGGUCGGUCCGGACGUGGAGCCGAGACUUGUUCACGAUCCCGGCUACUUUCCACUCCAGCGGCGCCCUGGAGGCGACGUCACUAAUCCAAAGGAAACAUGCAGGGCGUUAUCAACACAGAGUCUCGCUUACUCGGUUACUCAGCUCCAACAAACCACCAAGAGGUUUUGAAAAGUUUUUCCCAAAGAGGGAAGCGAGCGCUGGCGUCAACAAAUCAGUGGAAGAUGAAAGUCCCAAAGAGCAGGAGUCUCCUGGAGGCGACUCAAACAACGAUGAUGGCGAAAGAAGAAAAGGAGGAAAAAAGGAAGAAUCACAUUGGUGGACGAGAUUUCAGGAUGAGUUCCCCUUGGAUAGAAGAGUGCUGCAGAACGUUGCCCUCGGUGCAGCAGGCAUGGCCUCAGCUUUACUCUACUUUCACUUCAGAGAGACGGGCGUCCAGAUCUUGUGGCGGGACUUUGUGCAUCACUACUUGAGCAGAGGCUUGGUGGAUCAUCUGGAGGUUGUCAACAAACAGUACGUCAAAGUUUAUCCUGCAGGCGGAGUCAACGCAUCAGAAGUGAGCUAUCUGUGGUUCAACAUUGGCAGUGUUGACUCGUUUGAGCAUAACUUGAAUAUGGCACAGCAGGAAAUAGGCCUGAACCCCCCCCACAAAGUACCUGUGUUCUACAGCACUGAAGGCGAUGGGACACUUCUUGCCGCUGUUCUCCCAUCUAUACUUUUGGUUGGAUAUUUGUUGUUUGCCAUGCGGCGGGGGCCCAUGGCAGGUGGACGUGGAGGUGGGGGAGGAGCAAACCCCUUCAGCAUGAGUGAAUCCAAAGCCAAGAUAAUCACAGACAACAUCAGUGUGCGCUUCAAGGACGUUGCAGGCUGCGAAGAAGCCAAACUGGAGAUCCUGGAGUUUGUCAAUUUCCUGAAGAACCCGUCUCAGUACAAGGAUCUCGGAGCCAAGAUCCCAAAGGGUGCUGUGCUGUCAGGGCCACCUGGAAAUGGGAAGACGUUGCUCGCAAAGGCGACUGCAGGGGAAGCCGAUGUUCCCUUCAUCACCAUCAGCGGCUCCGAGUUCCAGGAAAUGUUUGUUGGUGUGGGCGCAGCUCGGAUAAGGGACAUGUUUGCCAAGGCUCGAAAAAACGCCCCCUGCAUCCUGUUCAUUGACGAGAUCGAUGCUGUGGGCAGGAGGAGAGGGAACUCUGGUGACCAGAGCGAGCAGGAAAACACACUCAACCAGCUGCUGGUGGAAAUGGACGGGUUCAACAGUAGCACCAACGUGGUCAUAUUGGCUGGAACCAAUCGAGCUGAUAUCCUGGAUCCAGCUCUGAUGAGGCCUGGACGCUUUGAUCGACAUGUCUACAUUGGCCCACCAGACAUUAAAGGAAGGGCGUCCAUCUUUAAAGUGCAUUUAAAACCUCUGAAGUUGGACUCCAGUAUAGAAGCAGAGGCUCUGGCCAGAAAACUAGCUGCACUAACCCCAGGUUUUACUGGGGCUGACAUCGCUAAUGUGUGUAAUGAGGCGGCUCUGAUCGCUGCACGACACCUCCACCAGCACGUCAGCACCAAGCACUUUGAACAGGCAGUUGAAAGAGUAAUUGGAGGUUCCGAGAAAAAGACUCGGACCCUGCAGCUCCCAGAGAAAACCACCGUGGCCUAUCACGAGGCCGGACAUGCUGUGACGGGCUGGUUCCUGGAACAUGCAGACCCUCUGCUUAAGGUGUCCAUUGUCCCCAGAGGGAAAGGUGUAGGUUAUGUCCAGUAUCUGCCUCAGGAUCAGUACCUGUUCACCCAGGAGCAGCUGUUUGACAGGAUGUGCAUGAUGCUCGGCGGCCGAGUGGCUGAGCAGGUUUUCCUCCGUCAAGUCACCACCAGAGCCCACAAUGACCUCAGGAGCGUCACACAAUCGGCCUACGCACAGGUCGUACAGUUUGGGAUGAAUGAGGCGGUGGGUCAGGUCUCCUUCGACCUCCCUCAGCAGGGCGACAUUGUGACUGAGAAACCCUUCAGUGAACCCACAGCCCAGCUCAUAGACCAGGAGGUCCGCCUGCUCAUAGAUGCGGCCUUCCAGCGAACAGUGCAGCUUGUCACUGAGAAGAAAGAACUGGUGGAGAAGGUGGCAAAAUGUCUUCUGGAAAGAGAGAUGCUCGAUAAGGCGGACAUGGUCGAGCUGCUCGGACCUCGUCCCUUUCAGGAGAAGUCGUCGUAUGAGGAGUUUGUUGAAGGGCUUGGUGAAUCUGAAGAGGACACCUCUCUUCCUGAAGGACUGAAGAACUGGAGCGAGAACAAAGGGAAUGAAAAACACAAUAAAUCCGCCCUUUACUUGUAGCCGCCUCAAGCCAAAUAUUCCACUGGAUUCUGGUGAAUAUAACUGAAGAUAGUACGCCACCGUCUGGUCCAGCCUGCAGCCUGUCGGGACUCUAAUCAUGCAAUUUUUAAAUUGUAGUUUUUAUACUCCAGCAGGAAUUCCAAAAGAGUGCAUAAUCAUUAUAAUCUGGGGAACUUAAACAAGUGAGCUAUAGCUCUUGGAACAGUGGACUUUGUAGUGUACGUUUCACCAGAGGUGCCUUCUGUUCCCCCGCUCCCACAGUCUGAUGCUGUCCUAUAGUGUGACUACACUGAUAAACAUGCUACAGAACAACUGGGAGUUAUGGACAAGAGAGUUAUUGUGCUCAAGCAGAAAAUAGAAGAAGAAUUCAAAUGUUUUUCUAAGCUUCUGAAUCAUCUGCUGUUGUUUUGGUCAAGCUGCUGUUCUUCUUCAGUCAAUCAUUCUUUUGGUCAGUCGUUGGUAUGUUUGAAUGUUUUCCUAACUGGUGAGAUAAGCAGGCUGGGCUAAAAUAAGUGUUCAUGAAGCCUUGUCAUUGUCAUUGAGAAUGACCCCUCGAUGCAUCUGUGCUGAGUAAAUAGGUUUAAUAAUGAAAUUACUUGAACUUUUCAUUUUGUAUUGUGAGAAAUUUGGGCUCCUUUUUUUAAAUACGUCGACCAGUGUGAUGCUGGAACAUUUUGUCCUCCAAAAAUCAUUGGACGGAUUUUUUUAUGAUUGUGUUUUCUGCCUAUUUGACCGUGCAUGGUUUUUACUUGAUCGUUUUUACAUCUAUUGUCACUUAACUUUGUCACGGUUACUCUUGAAGGAAAAUGUGAUUUAAAAAAAAAAUGUAAAACUUUAUACUGCCAUUACUGUACACUUUUCUUGUGUGAUGCCAUUAAAUAAAUGCUGUAAUGUC